UAAAAUCUUCUUCUUCUCCACAUCGAGGGAGAUUGAACGAGAUGGGUGAGAGCGACAUUGAAAGAGAUUGAACGCGAGAAGACUACUUUUGUAUGUGGGAACGAGUGCAUUUUAGUUAUUCCAUUCAAAUAUUUGAUGUUAGCAAAUAGGUAUAGACAGUUUUUUUUUUUUUUUUAAGAGAUGUACUACAAUAUUUCUCUAAUUUUUGGAUCAGCCAUGCCGUGAAUUAAAAAACUGAAAAAAUAAAAAGAAGAAAAAAACAUAAAAUAAAAACGGUUGGAUAAACAAAAAAUUAGUGAGUUAGGUACUCUAUCCAUCCACUGUCCACUGUGAGUGGAAGGUGAAACGCCAUUGUAGUAGAAGCUCAUAAAGCUCAUCAAUGGCUUCCCCUGCCACCCCUCUUCCUCUCUCUCAACCACCUUCUUAUCUUCCUCUUCAUACCCAUUCAACCAACCCCAAAAUCCCAACCAUUCGUUACCGCCUCAGUAGACUAUGCCAAGAAGGUCGUCUUCAUCUUGCCCGCCAACUCUUCGACGCUCUUCCUCGCCCCUCCACCGUUCUUUGGAACACAAUUAUCAUCGGAUUAGUCUGUAACAACUUCCCCGAUGAAGCCCUUUUCUUCUACAGCAAUAUGAAAUCUUCUUCUCCACAAGUUAAGUGCGAUUCCUAUACUUACUCUUCUGUUCUCAAGGCCUGUGCCGAUACCCGCAAUCUCGUGGUUGGAAAGGCCGUACAUGCUCAUUUUCUUCGUUGUCUAAUGAAUCCUAGUAGAAUUGUGUAUAAUUCCCUUUUGAAUAUGUAUUCUAUGUGUUUGAGCACUACCCCAGAUAGUACAAUGGUUUCUGGUUAUUCCGGGUGUGAUUUGGUACGUAAGGUGUUUGAUACAAUGCGUAAGAGAACUGUCGUUGCUUGGAAUACUCUUAUUGCUUGGUAUGUGAGAACGGAGAGGUACGCUGAAGCUGUGAAACAGUUUAGGAAGAUGAUGAAAAUUGGGAUAAAGCCAAGUCCAGUCAGUUUCGUUAAUGUGUUUCCUGCCUUUUCAAGUAUGGGGGACUUUAAGAACGCCAAUGUUGUUCAUGGAAUGCUUGUGAAGUUAGGUAGCGAAUAUGUUAACGACUUGUAUGUUGUGAGCUCUGCAAUUUUCAUGUAUGCAGAGCUUGGCUGUCUUGAAUUUGCCAAGAAGGUUUUUGACAAUUGUUUGGAGAGAAACACGGAGGUUUGGAAUACGAUGAUCAGUGCUUUUGUUCAGAAUAAUUUUUCUCUUGAAGGAAUUCAACUUUUUUUUCAAGCUGUGGAAUCUGAAGAUGCUGCUAUCGAUGAAGUGACUCUUCUUUCAGCUAUAUCUGCAGCUUCACACUUGCAGAAGUUUGAAUUAGCGGAACAGUUGCAUGCGUUUGUCAUCAAGAAUGUAGCUGUGUCACAAGUUUGUGUAAUGAAUGCUCUCAUUGCUAUGUAUUCUAGGUGCAAUUCAAUUGAUACAUCAUUUAAAAUUUUCGAUAAUAUGCCUGAAAAGGAUGUUGUUUCAUGGAAUACAAUGAUCUCUGCUUUUGUACAAAAUGGACUGAAUGAUGAAGCAUUAAUGCUGUUUUAUGAGAUGCAGAAGCAAGACUUGAUGGUUGAUUCCGUGACUGUUACUGCUCUGCUUUCAGCAGCUUCGGAUCUUAGAAACCCUGAUAUCGGAAAGCAAACUCAUGGCUAUCUACUUAGGAAUGGAAUUCAAUUUGAGGGAAUGGACAGCUAUCUUAUAGACAUGUAUGCUAAAUCUGGUUUGAUUGAGGCUGCUCAAAAUGUGUUUGAGAAAAGCUUUAGUCAUGAAAGAGAUCAAGCCACUUGGAAUUCCAUGAUGUCCGGCUAUACACAAAAUGGACUUGUUGAUCAGGCCUUUCUCGUCUUGAGACAGAUGCUUGACCAAAAGGUAAUGCCUAAUGUUGUGACCCUCGCUUCAAUUCUUCCUGCUUGUAAUCCAUCAGGGUACAUAGAUUGGGGCAAGCAACUCCAUGGGUUCUCUAUCCGUAAUGACUUAGACCAAAAUGUUUUUGUUGCAACGGCUCUUAUUGACAUGUAUUCCAAAUCAGGGUCAAUCGUCCAUGCUGAAAAUGUUUUUAGUAAGGCCAAUGAGAGAAGUAUAGUCACUUAUUCCACCAUGAUACUGGGUUAUGGUCAACAUGGGAUGGGUGAGAGUGCUCUCUCUAUGUUUCACACAAUGCAAAAAACUGGUAUUCAGCCUGAUGCAGUUACCUUGGUAGCAGUCUUGUCUGCCUGUAGUUAUGCUGGUUUGGUCGAUGAAGGUCUUCAAAUUUUCGAGUCAAUAAAAACUGUAUAUAACAUCCAACCAUCCACUGAACAUUUCUGUUGUAUUGCGGAUAUGCUGGGUAGGGCCGGGAGAGUAGACAAAGCCUAUGAGUUUGUCAUAGGUUUAGGGGAACAAGGGAAUGUGAUGGAAAUUUGGGGGUCUCUUCUUGCUGCUUGUAGGAUUCAUAAACAAUUUGAAUUAGGGAAGCUUGUUGCCAAGAAGUUGCUUGAAAUGGAGAAAAGAAAUGGGAAGACCGGUUACCACGUUUUGCUUUCAAAUAUAUAUGCAGAGGAAAGAAACUGGGAAAAUGUUGAUAUCGUUAGAAAACAGAUGAGGGAAAGAGGUUUGAAAAAGGAAACUGGAAGCAGUUGGAUUGAGAUUGCUGGUUAUAUGAACCAUUUUGCAUCCAAGGAUAGGAGGCAUCCACAAUCCGAUCAGAUAUACGGCAUGUUGGAGGAAUUAUUGAUGGAGAUGAAACAUGCUGGUUAUAGGCCACAAUCCACUUCCUAUCUUGGUGGUUUUCUGGAGCCUGAUGAAUGAUACAUUUUCCAGUUCAGGAGCAGAAGAAGCAGUCUAGCUCUUGAUGAUUUAGCCUCACAAACACUUGUAUGCUGGAUAAGGUUUGAGCAGGCCAAUCACUUGACUUUGAAAUUCCAUCGUUGUAUUUCGAUUGUUAGUUUUAUUAUAUGCAGCCUAAAGUUUAAUUUGAAAUUAUAUGCUGCUAUUCUUGAUUGGCUUUAUUGUAAGAGGAUGAUCAUUUUGAAGCAACUCCUCAGCCUGAAGCAGCUCCCCAGCCUGGGAUUAGUCUGUGAAAGCGAACCGCAGCUCAAACUUAAUCAUGCCUAUCAGCUUCUACUUUCCAAUGGCAUUACCACCCACUAGGACCCUGAUAGAAACGAGGAAACAAGCACGGAUCUGCUUUCCCUUGCUGGCGUCAGGAAAACUCGAGCAAUGACUCAAGUUGAUUAUGAUUCAUAUGUUAGAAGUCCAUUGCAAGAAAAUUUGAGGACCAAGCCCCUUGGCUUUUCACCGUGUUCUGUUCGAGAUGGAAACUCACCCACUGGACUGAUUUCUCGCUGUAAUGAUUGAUUACAGGUCAAAAUUCCUUUGUAACAAAGAUCAUCUUCCAGCUACCCUCCAUCACCAACAUGGCACAACAUCUUGAAUCACUUUCUGCGUUUUGUUCUGGUAAAUUUUUGUACACUUUAUCAACCUCCCUGAACUGCCCCUCUCUGUAAUACUAAAAAAAGAUGUUAGAUAAUACAUUAAAUUUACCCUCACCUACCAGCUUAAGCUUUUAGGGAGGUCUUGUGUUUAA